AUGGAGGAGGACGAUCGCUACACGAAGGAUGGGACUGUGGAUAGGCGGGGGGACCCCGCCGACAAGACGAAAACCGGCAACUGGAGAACCAGCCCUUACAUUCUCGGUAAUCUCGGCACGCUUGUUCGUCUUCCCCCUCCCCCCUUGCCGCCGCCGGCCGCCUCCGACGACCUGACCGGCGAGGUCGUCCGUUCAUCGUCUGCGCAGGGAACGAGUGCUGCGAGCGGCUGGCGUACUACGGGAUGAGCACCAACCUCGUGAACUACCUCAAGAACCGCCUCAACCAGGGCAACGCGACGGCCGCCAACAACGUCACUAACUGGUCUGGGACCUGCUACAUCACGCCUCUGAUCGGUGCCUUCGUCGCCGACGCCUAUCUCGGAAGAUACCUGACGAUCGCCAGCUUCAUGAUGGUCUACGUUCUGGUAGAGACUGACCGACCUUGCUUCUACUCUUUCCUGGCAUACGACGACGAACGGACGGACGGACAGACAGACUCAUCGAGGAUUUCCGGUGGUCGCAGGGGCUGACGUUGUUGACGCUCACUGCGUCUGUGAGAGGGAUCAGACCUUCCUGCGAUGGCGGCGUCUGCCACCCGAGCAGCGGGCAGGUGGGGGCAUUCUUCCUAGCCCUGUACCUCAUCGCCCUCGCCACGGGAGGGAUCAAGCCCUGCGUCUCCUCCUUCGGGGCGGACCAGUUCGACGAGACGGACGAGAAGGAGAAAAAGAGGAAGAGCUCCUUCUUCAACUGGUUCUACUUCUCCAUCAACCUGGGGGCCCUGGUGGCCUCCUCCGUGCUGGUCUGGAUUCAGAUGAACGUGGGAUGGGGAUGGGGGUUCGGCAUUCCGGCCGUGACAAUGGCCGUCGCCGUCAUCUUCUUCUUCUCCGGGACCCGCCUGUACCGUCACCAGAAGCCCGGCGGGAGUCCCCUGACGCGGAUCGCCCAGAUCCUGGUCGCGUCCUUCAGGAAUUGGAACGCGGAGGUGCCCGCCGACAAGACCCUCCUCUACGAGCUCGGGGACAAAGAAUCCGCCAUUGAAGGGAGCAGGAAGCUCCAGCACACAGAGCAACUCGGGUAGGUGUUUCCUUGCUUCUUUCUCCAGAGUGCAUGAAUGAAUGAAUCCAUCCAUCCAUCGAAACGUUGAACUCAACCAUCAUUUUUCCAUGGCCGGCAGCUUCCUGGACAGGGCGGCGGUGGACACCCGCGCGGACGCGGCGGCCCCGGUGGACCCGUGGCGGCUCUGCACGGUGACCCAGGUGGAGGAGCUGAAGACGGUGGUCAGGCUGUUGCCGAUAUGGGCGAGCGGGAUUGUCUUCUCGACGGUGUACAGUCAGAUGAGCACCAUGUUCGUGCUGCAGGGCAACACCUUGGACCCCAGCAUGGGCCCCCACUUCAAGAUCCCGGCGGCGUCGCUCUCCAUCUUCGACGUCCUCAGCGUCAUCGUCUGGGUCCCCUUGUACGACCGCAUCAUCGUCCCCGUCGCCCGCCGGUUCACCGGCGACGAGCGCGGUUUCAGCCAGCUCACCCGGAUGGGGAUCGGCCUAGUCGUCUCCAUCUUCGCCAUGGUGGCGGCCGGCUUGCUCGAGCUCGUUCGGCUGGGCAUGGUGCAGCGGCACGGCUACUACGACCUGGAGCAGCUGCCGCUGUCCAUCUUCUGGCAGGUGCCUCAGUACUUCAUCGUCGGCGCCGCAGAGGUCUUCACCUUCAUCGGGCAGCUCGAGUUCUUCUACGACCAGGCACCGGACGCCAUGAGGAGCAUGUGCUCCGCCCUGUCCCUCACCACCGUCGCGCUGGGCAACUACCUCAGCACGCUGCUGGUCACCAUCGUCACCCACACGACCACCAGGAACGGGAAGCUCGGGUGGAUCCCCGACAACCUCAACAGGGGCCACCUCGACUACUUCUACUGGCUCCUGGCGAUCCUCAGCCUGCUCAACUUCGCCGUCUACCUCCUCAUCGCCCGCUGGUAUACCUACAAGAAGACCACCACCGCAUAUAUUAGAUAG